CAGCUACCCACUCCCAACCUUGCCCUCACCACCCAGGGGCACCCAUGGUUCACCCUCAACCCUCCCCCAAGGGAAACAGCCAGGCCUGAACCCUGUUGCCCAGCAACCUUACCUAAACAACAUGGGGCUCCCAUCGCCCACCAGGCAAGCCCUCAGUGGACUGAUGGAAUGGGUUAGGGGUCCUGAAUACUAAGAAACCUUAGGAGGUCCACUCCCAACCCCCACGGACAUGGCUGUGCCCAGACUGGCACUGCCUAAGGGUGGGGUGAUCAUUGUUUCUCCUAGUACCUGAAGGACUCUUGUCUAAGAAGCAUGAAUUCCUAGCAUUCCCCGUGGCGGGAUAGGACAGGAUGGAAAGAUGGGGGUAGGGGAGAGGGUGCAAGCCCCACCUAGGACGGUGGCCACAGCAGCAAGGGGCAGACAGAGCCAGAAGCCUGGGAAGGAACGAUGGCAGCAGGGGCGGCAGCGGCAGCAGGAGCCUGGGUGCUGGUCCUCAGUCUGUGGGGAGCAGUAGUAGGUGACCGAAACAUCACAGCCCGGAUCGGGAAGCCGCUGGUGCUCAACUGUAGGGGGGCCCCCAAGAAGCCACCGCAGCAGCUGGAAUGGAAGCUGAACACAGGUCGGACAGAAGCUUGGAAGGUCCUAUCUCCCCAGGGAGGUCCCUGGGAUAGUGUAGCUCGUGUGCUCCCCAAUGGCUCCCUCCUCCUGCCAGCAGUAGGGAUCCAGGAUGAGGGGACUUUCCGGUGCCGGGCAACGAGCAGGAACGGAAAGGAGACGAGGUCCACCUACCAAGUCCGAGUCUACCAGAUUCCUGGAAAGCCAGAAAUCAUCAAUCCUGCCUCUGAACUCAUGGCUGGUGUCCCCAGUAAGGUGGGGACAUGUGUGUCUGAGGGGGGCUAUCCUGCAGGGACUCUUAGCUGGCACUGGAACGGGAAACCCCUCAUACCUGAUGGCAAAGGAGUCUCUGUGCAGGAGGAGACCAGGAGACACCCUGAGACAGGGCUUUUCACACUCCAGUCGGAGCUGAUGGUGACCCCAGCCCAGGGAGGAGCUCCCCACCCCACCUUCUCCUGUAGCUUCAGCCCUGGCCUUCCCCGGCAUCGAGCCCUACAUGCGGCCCCCAUCCAGCUCAACGUCUGGGAGUCUGUGCCUCUGGAAGUCCAAGUGAUGGUAGAACCAGGUGGAAUGCUAGCUCCUGGUGGUACUGUGACCCUGACCUGUGAAACUCCUGCCCAAUCCUCUGUUCAAAUCCACUGGAUCAAGGACGGCAUGCCCCUGUCCCUUCCCCCUGGCCCCAUGCUGGUCCUCUCUGAGGUGAAGCCUGAGGACCAGGGAACCUACAGCUGUGUGGCCAUGCAUCCCAGCCACGGGUCCCAGGAAAGCCGUGGUGUCAGUGUCGUCAUUGAAACAGACAAAGAGGGGCCAACCACAGGCUAUGUAGAAGGGCAGGGGCUGGGAACUGUCGCCCUGGCCCUGGGGAUCCUAGGAGGCCUGGGGAUAGCUGUCCUGCUCAUUGGGGCCAUCAUGUGGCAAAGACGGCAACGCCAAAGACAGGAGAGGAAGGCCCCAGAAAACCAGGAGGAGGAGGAGGAGGAGCGCACAGAGCUGAAUCAGUCAGAGGAGCCCGAGGCAGCUGAGAGCGGUGCAGCAGGGCCAUGAGGAGCGCCCAGCCAGACCCCAUCUGUCAGCUCCCUUUUCUUCCCCCUUGCUCUCUUCUGUCCCCAGAGCAAUUCUCUCCUGUAUCACCUGUACCCCACCUCACCAAACUUGCCUCCACAACCAGAGCCUCCUACAGUGAUAAGUAAACACCUCACCCAUUUGCUCUCGUGCACACAUAUGGGUGUGUGUGUGUGUGUGUGUGACAGAGACACGUGUGUGAGACACCUGCAUGUGUGAGAUGCCUGUGUGACACACCUGUGAGAGAUGACUGUGAGAGACACCUGUGUGUAAGAGAUGACUGUGUGUGAGACCUGUGUGUGAGAGACACCUGUGUGUGUGAGAAAGAUGCCUCUGUGUGUGUUUGUGUGUGUGUGUUUGUGAGAGAGAGAGGGAGAGAGACGCCCUCACCCUCUGAAUCCCUCAGAGCC